AACGAAAGUCAGCCUCAGCCUUCGAGCGCGAGCGAGCAGGACGACAGCGACGGGACGGACGAGGAUGGCCACUGCGUUUGCGAAGCGGUCGCCGUUCACACCCGCACAAAAGAGGAUGAACAGAUCCAACGAGUCGCCGAUGGACUUUGCAUACGAUGCGCCCUCGACAUCGAGCGCAAAUGAAGGCAGUAGCUGGCUCUCCUCCGAGGAUCGAAAGCGAGGCAGGGAAUCCGACGUCGGCUCAUCAAACGAUGCAGAGAUGAAGCCAGCUUUCACGUUCGGUGGAGCCGAUGAGGCGUCAUCAGCCAAGCAGAACUAUGGCGGUGUUUUCCUCUUUCAUCAACCUUUGAGCCCGACGCAUGCUGGACCGGAUGUGGAGAUGGACAAUGCCUCACCGUCGCAGGCGAGACCGCUCCCAACCACAGCAGCUGCAGCCAGCACCAGCGAAGGGCACAAAGAUGCAGAAGCGAGCACCUCGUCUUCGCGACCGAAGGCGUCGGGUGGAGCUGUCGUCAGAGUCAAUCGAAGAAGACAAUUUGCGAAUAAAGCUCGAAGCGUUAGUAACCCUCUCAAAGGCGCGAGGCGGCAGCAUGAUGGAUGGGAAGAUGAGGAGGACGAUGAGGAAGAAGAAGACGAUCACAGAGAUGGGAUUCCAAAGGCAAGAACGAGAAAGAGAUCGCUGGCGAGAAGAGUAGGCGACACUUUGCACGUCAAUUACAUCAUUGGCGGAGGAAGGGGGUCAUCUGAUGCAAAGAUGGGCUGGCUGGAUCCUGAAUGGUGCCUUGGCAUGGCGCAAUUCAUCUUCAAUGCCUCGCUUCUGCUUGGUGUUCUGUGGAUCCUCCUGCAGGUUGUCCUGACGCUUCGGCACGACAUUUCCGACAAGAUGCGCGAGUACGAGAUGGACUACUUGGCUGAUGUCGAAGGGUGCUCCCAAGCCUACCAUUUGAAUCGCUGCGGGACCGACACGGCCGUGCCUGCACUCGCGUCAGCCUGCGCUGCCUGGCAAAGAUGCUCAGCGAGGGACCCAGCGGUGAUCGGCAGAGCACGCGUGACAGCUGAGACUAUCGCGGAAAUUGUCAACGGUUUCGUCGACGUUGUCAGCUGGAAGAGCAUGCUCUUUACUCUGCUCUCCCUCGUCAUCGUCGUCGGCGCGACAAAUUCGACGCUCUCCUUCUUUCGACUCAAAUCAAGGAAACAAAAGGAAGAUAAGACCGCCUCAUCUCAUCUGGAUGAUGGACGAGCGCCCCCUCCUCCUCCUGCGCUGCACCAUCCCAUGUACAAUCCCUACUUGUAUCCUUACCCCACCGCUCCUUCAGAGGCAUGGCACGCUCCAAGCCCACCGGCGACUCCCCAUAAGAAGCGCAUGUGCCGCUGAUUCAUUAAUAAGAGUAAUUACUUCUAC